AUGUCCGGAAUUGCAACUCAAGACUCUGUCCCUCAAGAUCUAUCUGGAGAGUUGACUCCACCAUAUAGCAAACACGGUUCCUCUGCCUCACGGAUUGGAGACCACUGUGCCAAUGAUCCUCCACUUGAUCCAUCUGUGAAAUCCUCGGGAGAAAUCGUGAAGCUUGCUGAGACAGAUAUUUAUAUCUCAAAGCCUUCUGAUCUCGAAAGUCAAGGAACAUGCCUUCUUCUACUCCUUACCAACGGUGUAGGAGUAAACUCAGUUGCCAAUCAGCUUCAAGCAGACCAUUUUGCAAGAGAAGGAUACUUCGUAACCAUGCCAGAUUUGUACCCUAUAUUUAAGCUACGUUCAAUUUCAAGCAUUGCUGAACGCUUAGGUGAUCCCGCACCAAACGCCAGCACCGUAACCUCACACGUCGAGUCUCAAGAACUCCUUGAACAAAUCAAAUUCAAAGCUGCAGAAGGGAUAAAGGGCUUUAUGAUUGAUAUGUGGCUUGCUCGGCAUACCCCAGAGAAGACAAUGCCAAUCAUCGAAAAAGUCCUAGCUGCUAUCAAAGAGGAAUAUGGAGACAAAAACUAUACUGUUUCUUUAGGGACAUAUGUCGUAGGAUACUGUUUUGGUGGCAAAUACGCUUUGAGAUUAGCGGCAACAGACUUGAUCAUUGCGGGGGCUGUUGCGCAUGGAACUUUGGUGAGUAAAGAAGAUAUCAUAAACAUCAGGAAGCCGGUCUCAUUUGCAUGCGUUGGAACACAGAAAAUGACAAUUUCUUUCCGGAUGAUCUCCGCGAGGAAGGGCAAAAAUUCCUCCAAGAAAACAACAUCGAACAUGAAAUGCGUGUAUAUGAGGGUGUUCCACAUGGGUUUGGAGUUUACGGGAGCUACUCCGAGGAACAUAUUAAAGCUGCUCAGAAACAAGUGUUUCGACAGUUUCUUGAUUUCAUGA